CCCUCCCUCUCUGUGCAAGCUAGUGGUAGGUCGGCGGACGCCAUGGCGAGCAGCGGCGAGGUGCAGAGAUCGCUGCAGGCGGUGGCGCAGGGGCUGCGGUGGACGUACGCCCUCCUCUGGCAGCUCUGCCCCGACCAAGGCGCGCUGGUGUGGGCGGAGGGGCACUACAACGGCGCCAUCAAGACGCGCAAGACGGUGCAGCCGGCCGUCGCCCAGGCGCAGGCGCCGGCGCCGGCGGCGGAGGCAGCCGACCAGGCCCGGAGCCGGCAGCUGCGGGAGCUGUUCGACUCGCUGGCCAGGGAGGCUGCCGCAGGCGGCGGGCCAGGCUUCAGGGACGUCCACGGCUGCGCCCAGGAGGCUCGGCGGCCCAGCGCGGCGCUGGCGCCGGAAGACCUGACGGAGACGGAGUGGUUCUAUCUCAUGUCCGCCUCCUACUCCUUCCCUCCCGGCGUCGGGUUACCUGGAAGGGCCUUUGCAAUGGGAGGGCACGUAUGGCUUAGUAGAGCAAAUGAAGUUGACAGCAAGGCCUUCUCAAGAGCAAUACUUGCCAGGAGUGCAGGAAUCAAGACGGUCGUAUGCAUUCCGAUUGUCGACGGUGUCCUGGAAAUCGGGACCACAGAAAAGGUGGAGGAAGACAUAGGUUUAGUCCAGUAUGCAAUGGCCAUCUUCAUGGAUCAACAAGAAACCCACAUGACCCCUAGCAUCUGUCAUUCCAACCAAACCAGCCACAUUGAUCAACAGUCAUUCCAAACACAGGGGAAGACACACACUGGUCAGCCAAAGCCAGAGCCAAACAAGUUCACACCGGAAUACGAUGACGAUGAAAUGGAGUACGAUGACAACGAGAUCGACACGGAAUGCGCGUCAGGUUCGGAAACCAACACCGGAAGGGGUCACUGCCGGCAUGGUCCACCAAACAUUGCAAGCAAUGAUGAUCACGCAACGCAUAAUGUAGGGAGGAGCAGCGAGCUGAUGCAGGUUGAGAUGUCGGAAAGGGUGAGAGAUGGCUGCUCAAGCAACCUUGGCGAUGAGAUCCAAAUGCUAAUGGUUUGCCAGAACAGCGGUGAUCAUUCCAAUUUACAUGGGCAAGAUGAGCCCUGGCAUUUUCUCUAUGAGGAGUUAUGCAGUGGCUACCCUCAGUCGUCAGGUGAAGACCAAGCAAUGGCUGAAAAUGCUCACUACGCACACACAGUCUCGCUGAUCCUGCAUCGCAACAACGCCCUGAGACAGUCAGACGGGCCGAACACCAGGUCCUACCUGGCAGUCUCACACCAAUCUUCAUUCUCCAGAUGGGAUGCUGGCAUCCAUGGACGCGCGGUCGCCGAAGGCACCACCCGGCAGAAGAUGCUCAAGAGUGUCCUCCUGUUCUUCAAUGCUGCCUGCAACAAGCCACCGGGUGAUCUCAGGUGCGACGAUGCCGGUGCGCGAAGGGAGGUCGACUUCGGCGCCAGCCAUGUCAUGCAGGAGCGGAAGAGAAGGGAGAAGCUCAACGAGCGGUUCAUCGUCCUGCGUUCCCUGGUGCCCUUCGUCACCAAGAUGGACAAGGCCUCGAUCCUCGGCGACACGAUCGAGUACGUGAAGCAGCUGACCAAACGCAUCCAGGACCUUGAGUCCUCUGUGGCCAGGCAGCAGGUUCACGGUGACCUGCUGGUGCCCAAGGGGUCGUCAGAGAGGCGUGCGCUGAUGGGCAUGGAAGGGCCCAGCAGCAGCAGCGGUAGCAGCAGCAGCGCCCCUGUGGCCACGGACGUGCAGGUCUCCAUCAUCGAGAGCGACGCGCUGCUGGAGCUCCGGUGCCCCGACAGGCGCGGCCUGCUGGUGACCAUCAUGCAGGCGCUCCAGGAGCAGCUCCGGCUCGAGGUCACCUCCGUCCAGGCCUCGUCGGACCGCGGCGUGCUGCUCGCGGAAAUGCGAGCCAAGGUGAGGGAGGUGCAUGGGAGGAGGAGCAGCAUUUCUCAAGUGAAGAGAGCGAUCCAUCUCAUCAUCUCAUCGGGAUGAGUGGAUGUGCAACAGAUUUGUAGCAUAUGCCAUCAGCCUCUCCCUUGAUGCUUAUGAGUCGAUAAAAAGCACCCUUUAUCGAAAAAUUUCAUCAGGCUUUGUUUUUCUUUUUGUAAUUUUUUAGCCUCUGUUCACUUCAUAUAUAUCAACACUAAAGAUGAUGCCUUAAAAAAUUAGAGUGCAUCACCAGUUUGAUAAAAUUAUAUCCCGUUUCUUCUGGCAAAAGAAGGGGAUGCAAAGUUACCAUAUGGUCAAAUUGGGAGACCAUCUGUUCUCCCAAGGAAGUUGGGGGUCUCGGGGUGAUUAACACCAAGGUCAUGAACAGGUGCCUUAUCGUCAAAUGAGCGUGGAAGCUCCUACAGGGCCAAGGGGGGUUUGUGGCUACAGAUUUUUAGGAAUAAGUAUAAAAAACACUCCUAUUUUAUUCUGCACAAAAUCAGAGGGAAAAUAAUAAUUUUUUGUAACACAUCCAUCACAAUGCAAGUACAAAAAUACCCUUCAAAAUUUACUUUGAGAUCCAGAUAUUUUAUAAGGAGGUGUAGUAAGAAAAGAUAAGCAAACAAGCAAGAACUGCUCUUUAUUAUUAGAAAAAAAAGGUCAGAAAACAAAGUGAAUGACAAGGCCCGUGUGGUGACCAAGACAAAUUUAUGUGCCCAAAGGGGGAUAAGUUGAUCAAGACAUCAUGGAAUUCAGCAUCUUCGUGACUGCGGACUAAGGUAGGAACAACCCUGUUUGGGUGCCUGCGGCCCCUGCAUCUUCUGAUCAGCCACCCAUCUGGCAAACUCUGACGGAAUUUCGCGCUUCCCAUACACAAGGAGCCAUCCAAACCUGAACCAAUAGCAGCGCUCUGGUAUGGAGUCAGAUUUUUCAGCACUUUCGAGAAGUGCUAAUCUGAAAAUCUGCUAAAAGCAUCCCUGCCUACACCAUCUACUUUGCUCUUUUUAGCCUACAAAAUAAAUAGACGCUUUAAGAAGAAAACAUCGCAGAGAAAGAAAACACGCCCCAUAGCAACCAGGAUAAAAUGUAAUGCAUUUUUGCAUCUAGCUAGUAUGAAAUGUAGAGGGUGGGGCGGGGUGCAGAGAAUAUAUAGAACAAAAACUUUGUUCACUAGUGAGGAGUCCUCAGAAGUGGCUGAAAUUUCUUUUCAGAUAUUUCACGGACUGCAUUCCUGCCUCAGAAAAAGCACAAAUGAACAAAUGAAGGCGCGUGAAUUGCAAAAGUAAAACAAAAAAGUUCAUUAUGAUGU